AUGUAUUAUUUAUCAAACAUUGAUCAUAAUCGUUUUGAAUUGGUGAUGUACAGGCUGUACCAGAAAUACCAGGAUGAUACUACAGAAGGAGUUCUCUACAAGAUGCUCUUGCACAGUUUAGGAGUGUCCGACUUGCCAAAAGAAUUAACAGCUGACACCACCAGCACCUCUUCACCACGAGAGACUCAGCAGGCAGAGGAGAAGAAGCCAAUGGAUCUUCCAGAAAGUUUUAGAAUGAAGCAAAUUGAAGACCACAUCUACAAACAAGCCAGGAAUAGAACUGUUGAUGAAGUCCUUGAAAGGCUGAGGGAUGGGAUCCUGCAUCAGGAAAUGUGCAUGAGGGAUGCCUUCCUUGCUUAUAACAAGCAAGCUAGCGGGAAGUUGACUAAAACUGAUUUUCGCAAGUUGCUGGAGGAUAUUCAGAUGCCAAUGAGUGAUGAUCAUUUUAAUCUAUUAAUUGAAAAAAUAGGAUUCCCAGUUGGAGGCUUGAGUUAUCUUGAUUUUGUAGCAAUGUUUGAAG